AUGGAUCCCGACGGUCUAGAGGAUGCUCUGGAGCUGGCCAGAGACAGGUCACAAUACCAGGGCGUGUACGUUUACCAGCCCGCAAAGUCUGGGAAAGCUGCGAGUGAACGCCCUUCGAAGCGUCGCAAGGUCUCAUCUAUCGGCAAUGGAAGACAACAUUCAGACGCGCAUUGCUUCUUGCCAUUGUUGGAUGGAGAGGAGACAGCAGAGUGUGUGCAGCUGCGCCAUGACACCUACAAACAGCUAUGGUCCGAGCAGGAAGACAAGAUUCAGGGAAUUCUCGAGGAUGUCGACGCCGGAGUCCUGGCAGACGUCUUGUCUUUUGUGAGAGAAACAUCGCCACAAACGUGCAAUGGAUGUAUACCCACAGCAUUGGUAACCGUUGGGUCCAACGUGUCUUCGCUCAGUCGAUUACUUUCACGCCUCAACGAUCAAUUGACAAUGAGCGGCGAGGGUGGUGUUGUAGUACUAGAAUCUGGCGACGCACCCAACCUCAAAACAUCUCUGAAAAACAUCAUUCGAGCGGCUGUGACCAACACCGAAGGCAAUGAUGGAUACCAGAUUUUUCUCACGGACCGUUCUGGACCCCGAAUGCUCGGGUACGAUUUGGACCUCCUUCAUGAUCAUAUCCAAAGAAAGGGAACCAAGAGACUGGUUCUUGCUCUGCGAGACAGCGAAGCCUUCGAUCCAGGCCUACUCACUGAUAUGCUGUCACUGUUCAAAUCUUGGCUUGAUCGUAUCCCAUUCACAGUCUUGCUUGGGAUUUCAACCUCUGUGGAGCUAUUUGAGAGUAGACUCCCGCGCUCAUGUGUCGCCAUGCUUCAGGGGAAGCACUUCGAGGUUCAAGAAGCAGGAAAUUGUGUCGACCGCAUCUAUGCGGCCCUUCAGGCCGAACCGAGUGGGAACAUUUGGCUUGGCCGCAAUAUCACUAACACUCUUUUUGAGAGAGCAAAUGAUUAUUUCUUGACACCGGAAGCAUUCAGUCGCAUGGUCAAGUACGCAUACAUGUCACACUUCUUUGCCAACCCCUUGUCCACGUUUUUGGCAGGCUCAGCGCCGUCAGUAAUGUCUCGAGGCCGGUUUUGCGAAGCUAUCAGAAACUUGCCCUCUUUCCGGAUGUUUUGUGAGGAUCUUGUUGAGAGCGGCUCUGGCAAUGAAGUGCCCGCUUUGCUAGAGAAUGACGAGCACUUAUUCGAGCAGGCUCUUAGGCAUUUUGAGGCAGGACAACGAAACAUGCGACAAAUCUUCCAGGCUGUUCGGCUCAUUUAUUCGUGUCUCCAACACACUCAGGGCUCGAAAAAGACCAGUUUCUCUGACCUCUCUGUCUACGCCCUUUCUGGAGAGCUGAGUGAGUCUCCAAUCGUCGACGAUAUGCUGGCUAUUGUGAGGGCUAUAGACUCCGGAAAGCUAGGACAAAUGUUUGAAUCUUUGCCCAAAGAGAUAUUCGACCAAACACCUCUUGGCGAGAUCGAGGCCGAAUUUAGAGCUUUGCAAGAGAAAUUUGCAGAGUUUGGCCCCAUGCGCAGCGAAUACAACAUCAACAACUCCGUGGUAAAGACAACCGUUGUUCAGCAGCGUAUCCAGCUCAGCAAAGGCAAAGCCAAUCUUCCAGAGCAAGAUAUCGAGUACACGAAAGUCCUUGACCUCCUAAUUGGCGCUCUGCAGGAGUAUUUUGCAGAGACCUUGAUCCCGCCUCAGGGUUUGUUCCUACAUGAAGCCUUCCUCUUCGAUCUACGCAAUCCCUUGAAGGAAACAUUUGGACCCCGCCCCCGCUUUGCCAUUGAGCGUGCCCUGACAAGCCCCUUUGACUACUUGUAUUCCUCACCUGAUACCUCUGGGGCUAGAAUAUCUGCCAAGCAACCUGCUACGGCGAUUUUGUAUCAACUCUACCUCGAAUCCGGUGUGCUGGUCAAUGUACAUGACUUGUGGAAGGCUUUCCAUGGUGUUUUCGAGACCGACCAGGGCAAGAAGUGCGAUGAUCGCAUCGUCAUGACUUUAUUCUACGGCGCUUUGUCGGAUUUGAAAUCCUUUGGCAUUAUCAAGAAUAGCCGGAAGAAGACCGACCAUCUUGUCAAGGUUGCAUGGAUGGGUUUGUAG